UGUUUUCCUCAUGGAGAUUCAGUGCCCUUCCUUCCAAGUCCUGUUAGCCUUCUUGCUCUUUAUGAUCAUGGUACUGAAAAUAGGGAAGAUCAGAGGCAAAACCAAGUACUCAGCCUCAAAUCUACCGCCAGGGCCAUGGAAGCUACCCGUUAUAGGAAACCUGCACCAGCUCGCUGGCUCUCUUCCACAUCAUAGACUAAGAGACUUGGCCAAGAAAUACGGACCGCUUAUGCACCUAAAGCUUGGAGAAGUUUCUGCCGUAGUCGUUUCAUCAGCAGAGUUUGCCAAAGAGGUGAUGAAAACCCAUGAUCUUAUCUUUGCAUCAAGGCCCACUAUUCUUGCUGCAAAGAUCUUGUCUUACGGCUCUACAGACAUUGGCUAUGCACCGUAUGGUGAAUACUGGAGACAACUACGAAAAAUUUGCACGCUAGAGCUUUUAAGCACAAAACGUGUUCAAUCUUUCCGACCUAUUAGAGAAGAAGAGGUAGUGAAUCUCAUUCAAUGGAUUGCCUCAAGAGCAGGAUCACCUAUCAAUAUUACUCGGGAAGUUUACUCAUCGACAUAUACCAUCACUUCGCGAACAGCCUUUGGUAAAAAAACCAGGGAUCAAGAAAAAUUCAUAUACAUUGUGAAGGAAUUUGUAAAGGCAGCAUCUGGCUUCGCUCUUACAGAUAUUUUUCCUUCUGUCAGUUUGCUUCAUCUCUUAAGUGGAAUGAGGCUUAAACUUGAGAGGCUGCAUAAAGAAGCUGACAGGAUAUUGGGAAACAUCAUCAAAGAACAUCAAAGGGAUCUGGUCACUACAAAAAGUGGCGAGGGUGAAGCAGAGGAAGACCUGGUAGAUGUUCUCCUUAAAUUUCAUGAUCAUGGAAAUGAGCUUGAGUUUUCCCUAACUAUUGAGAACAUCAAAGCAGUUAUCUUUGAUAUUUUUGCUGCUGGGAGUGAGACAUCAUCUACAGCUGUAGAUUGGGCAAUAGCAGAAAUGAUAAAAAAUCCAAGAGUAAUGAACAUGGCACAGAAUGAGGUGAGGGAAGUGUUUAAUAGAAAAGGACAGGUAGAUGAAACAUGCAUUAGAGAGAUGAAAUAUUUAAACUUAGUUAUCAAGGAGACACUGAGGUUACACCCUCCGGGUCCCCUGUUACUUCCAAGAGAAUGCAGAGAGAAAUGUGAGAUUGAUGGAUAUGAAAUUCCUGUGAAAUCCAAGGUAAUUGUGAAUGCAUGGGCAAUUGGUAGAGAUCCCAAUUACUGGAAUGAGCCUGAGAGCUUUAAUCCAGAUAGGUUCCUCGAUAGCUCGAUUGACUACAAGGGAACAAACUUUGAAUAUAUCCCAUUUGGUGCUGGAAGGAGAAUGUGCCCUGGCGUGUCAUUUGGACUGGCCAACGUUGAGCUCCCACUUGCAUUGUUGCUAUACCAUUUUGAUUGGAAACUCCCCAGUGGGAUGAAGCAUGAGGACCUGGACAUGACUGAGGCCUUUGGCGCUACAGUCAAAAGAAAAGACGAUCUGCACUUGAUUCCCAUUCCUUAUCAUCCUCCGUCUACUGAAAAAUCCCAAGUAUAAGAUGCUUAACUGUUUUUAUUUAUCUCAGAGUAAUCAUCGUUGCUUGUUUAUCUCAAGUUGUAAGAACUACAAGGCCUAAUGUCAGUAUUUAAUUAAGAACCAUGCAUAUUAAUGCAUUUUCUACCAUCAUGAGUAAAUUAGCAGAA